AUGUCGCCCUCUGCCGAGCCGUUCUCGCCCCAACCCGCAGACCAGAGCGCAGCCCUCAAGGCGCGCGUCCCGCUCGGCUGGCGCGAUGCCUGCGGCAAGCUCCUCAUCCCGCUCAACGUGUGCCGGCAUGAGAACCUCUACGCCACCUGGAAGUGCGACGAUGAGCGACACAUCUACGAGAAGUGCCAGUACGACGACUACCUGUCGCGCAUGAAGGCGCUCUCGAAGCAGCGGGCGGCGCAGGCCGACGAGUAG